AUGACCUUUUUCCCUCGGUCUUUUCAGCAUGAUGGCCUUCUCAGCGCAGUGGUGACACAACCUCAGCGGACAUUUCCUCACCUUCCUUUGAGUUUAUCUAAACUCUUCCCGUAUACAUCAUUUUCUACAGGCGCAGCUCCUGUGGAUAAUUCAUUCAAUAUUAAGGUUAAUUCCUCCAAAGGGUAUGCAAAAUGGGUUGGCAGCUCCUCGCUAUUGGUAAUUCCAUCUCCGAAACUUCGGACGUUUUUGUCCGCCACCUUUUCAUAUAUUUCCACAAUCACAUUCAUAAGUGCUGUUUUGUUGUUUGUUUUUUUGAAGCUCAUUCUUCCACCCAACACCGCACCCCCCUCCAAACGUCCCGCAAUUCUUAUCAGCAAAAAACAAAAAAACAUUGCUUCAUCCCUUUCCUACCUUAUGACUCAUUUUAACAAAAGGAAAACGUUCAGGGAGUGUGAAAGCAUAAACAAUGACUAA